CGAAACGCAAGCAUGUUCCUAGGAACGACACGCGUUUUACGAUCACUGACUGGUUUCGAGAACACAACACAACAGUGAAAUUAAGGUUGUGAAAGAAUAACAGAAUCAUUCCAUAGCAUCGAAGAAUCUUCCAAUCCAAAAACACACCCAACUCAACUCUAUUUAUCAUAAUAACUUUUCUAUCUUUCAAUUCAAUAAUAAUGGCGAAGAAUCUUAACCAAUCAGAUUUCACACACAACAGCGAACAAGCUUCUUCUUGUUCAUUUUCAUUCAGCGAUUUUCCCGAAGAUGUUCAACUUUGCAUCCUCUCAUUCCUGGGCCCCACAGAGAUAGCUACGUUCGCCUGCACCUCAAUGCAAUUCGCUUCACUCUGUUCCAACGAUGCUAAACUAUGGUUCACCCUUUGCGAUCGAAGAUGGGGUUCCAAAACCCUAAUUCCCAAAUGGGGCAAAGGUAAAAUUCCUUAUAGACUUCUCUACAACACUCUCCAUGAAUGGGAUAAUCUCAUUGGUUUCUGGCGUAGAAGCGGUCCAGGUAGUGCUGCGAUUUCGUCUCCUUCGUUGGUUUUCUUCGAAUGGGGUUCGUCUUUCAUUACUGGUUAUAGGGUUUCGCCUUGUGAAUUGCAAUCUGAAUUUUGUGAUUACCGUGUUACAAAGGUGCCUUUUUUAAAGAUGGGUAUUUCUGAAGAUGGACAAAUUUUGAAUCUUUUGGAUCCUGACGGUAGAGCUGAUUUGAAUUUUGAUUUUGAUGGUGGUAAGGAAUUGAUUAAUGUGAAUGUUAGUUUUAUGGGGAAAACUCAUUUUGUUGUGGAGGAGAAUUUGUUUGGGAGAAGCUCUAGUUCUGUGAGUUAUAGUGGUGAGGAUUGUGGUUUUGGUGGAGAGGAUGUGGUUGUGGCUGGGGUUGGGAGUGGAUCUCCGCCGGAUCGGUUGAUGUUGGAAAUUUAUCAGCAUUUGGCCAACAAGGUUAGUCCUGGAAGCGACAGAUCAAGGAGGCAGAGAAGGAAGGAGAAGGAAAGAAUGGCUAGGAGGAAAUGGGAGCCUGAGCAUUUUGUCAAGAUUGUUAAUUGCUCGCCAUCCCCUUCGCGGCCUUUGCAAGGCUUGUGGAAGGGAAUUUGUGCAGACAUGAGUUUAGCAUUUUACCUUGUGGCUUAUGAUGACAUUGGGGGCAUUGCGUGCCGACGCCUUGGGGAUCCUCCUGAACGCUUUUCUACUUACGCGCCGGUUUUCUGGACGUCCAAUGCUACAUUUCUGGAAUCCCCCUUUUCUCUAGAGGAAGCAUCUUUGUAUGACAGUCGCAUUCAUCUUCAACCGGUUCAACCACACAAUGAAAAUCAUGAGCAGUUCCCUAUGUCAGAUGUUGAAGGGGCAAAUCACAUUCAGCAGUUCCAUUUGUCAGACAAUGAAAUGGUAAAUCGAAUUCUUCACAUUAACUCAAGUUAUGAUUUAGUUAUUCCGGACCUUGCUGGAACAAUAAAUCCAAGGAAGGCAGAGGGACGAAUUUGGCAGUACCAGGAUGGUACUUUUGGAUUUGGAUUCCUUCGGGACAACUUCGUCAUAGACAUGAAAAAUAUUGUCCGUGAUGGUUGUAUCAUAGAUGCAGUAAACCUUUCUGCUGAUUAAUAUAUUUCUUCAUUUUAUUGUUCAUAGAUUAAUUGUGUUGCUGGAUGUCACCUAUUGUGGCAUAUUGUAUUUUUAGCUGUGAAAUUGUAACAAUUUCUUUCUUCUUUUAACUGUGUUAGACAGUUAGUUUCAAGCAAUCUGUAUUUCGUUGCAAGAACAUGUAAAUUGUCUUAACUAUGAGUCACCUUUUAUCUGUGACUUCCUUUCAUUCAUCAUAUUUUAAGUAAGCAAAAUAAUGGCAAGGAACAUCUUUUGAUUCCAUUCUCUUA